AGGUUUAAAAGCCCCAGUGUGAGAGGUGGAGCAGGUAUAAAAGGAUCAGGUAUAAAAGCCCCGGUGGUGCCACUGUACAAGGAGCGGGAAUGGCAGGUGCACUGACACCACUAGGGCUUUCCCUCUAAUAAUAAUAAUAAUACGGCCACAUCGCCGACCCCAUCGACUAGCCAAUGAGCGCGUUACAGUGAGCGCCAAUGAAGGCGGUGGCGCUGGAAGUUGGAAGGAGCUGCCCGAGAGCGCAAGUUGUCCGGGGCUCGUCCUGUUGUUGCUGUAACCAGGGACUCGCUCCAAUAAGGGAGAGGCGGGAGAGGAGCCGUACAGUCCGCACAUUCCGGCUGAUCCGCAUCUCCCCGCACAUCCAUGUGACUGACAGGCGUCUGCCUCGUUCCCCCGGCAACUUGGGAGCCGCUUCUCCGCAAAGCCGUUUAGGGACCCCUCGUAUCCGGACUCCGGCGUUCCAGCUCCACCAUGGCGGCUCAGCAGCAGCAGCAAAGCCGGAUCCAGGCAUACCUGGAAAAGAACAAGAUCGGACCUCUCUUUGAGGAAUUGAUGACAAAGCUGAUAACAGAGACCCCGGAGCAGCCAAUUCCUUUUCUGAUUCAUCAUCUCCAGUCCAAGCUAGGAAAUGUGGGUCAGCUACAGAGGACUCUGUCUGGUUCAGCCGCUCUGUGGGCAGAGAGUGAAUCAGCAGAAAAUAAAGGAAUAAGACGAGACUUCAGGAGUUAUGAUAAACCCUGGCAAGUCAAUGCAAAGAAGCCCAAAAAGUCAAAGAGUGACCUUGCAGUUUGUAAUAUUUCCCCAACAUCACCCGAGUCCAAAUCUUUACCAAGGUCAAUUGAGCACGCUGAAUGGGACUGGCGAACGAAACCUGAAAGUCGUGAUUUUGAUGAGUUAAACCACAUCCUUCAAGAAAGUAAAAAGCUGGGCAAAGCAUUGGAGAAUUUGUCUCGCAGUAUUGCUGUCUCAGAAGAUCUAGAACAGGACACAAGGGCCUUUAACUCAUCCUUAUUAAAGCCUUGUGUAAUUGGAGAAUGGGUUGGGCGUGAAGACAAUGACCCAGACCCAUUGGCUGCUGAAAUGAUCCAGCCUCCAAUCCCAAGAACUAAAGGUGAACAACAGGAGGAAGAUGAAGGCAGCUGCAGCCCAGCAGGAAGUUUGAAGAUGGAGCCAAAGAACAAAGGUCUGAAGCAGCAGCAACAGCAGCACAAGAAACUACUGGCAGCAAUGCUCUCGCAAGACUCGUUCGACUCCGUGCACAGCACUCCUGCCUCGGUCACAGAAGAAGACAUUGAUAAUGAAGAUGAUGCAAUGGAACUGCUUGAGGACCUUGAUGAUCUUCGCAUGGAAGGAGUAACCAGCCUGAUGCCAUCUGGAAGUAAAUUCAGCCAAGGAAGAAGUACAUACACUACAGAGCCUCAAGCAAAAGUCACAUUAAACAUCUGCUCAAGAUUGCAAGGAGAAAACAUGGUACAGGGUAAAGAAGAGAUAACACAAGAAAGACACUCAUCUGAGAAAGCUGGGACAGAUGCAGCCGCAGCCGCAUUGCCUGCAGCAGAAACAUUGAUGGGGGAUGAUGAAGAAUUUGAGAGCGCCUCUCAAGUGACAGGACCUCGUCAACCAGUCUGGGAAUCUGAGGCCUUGUCUGCCAGAAGUGGAGGAUCUCAGAACCAAAAGAUCCUAAAAGAAGCUUUAACCGCAAAGGAACUGCAGAGCAUGGAAAAGCAUCUUGCUGAUAUUGAAAAGGACGUAGCACUGAUAGCUGAAGCAAGCAUGUCUCGGAGCCCAAGCAAUCAGCCAAGUGGCAUAAUUACCAAUGAACAUCAUGGAAGCUAUCAUUCCUCUCAAAUGCAGAACCCAAGACCACAAGUGCCAAAUCAAACCACAAACAGCUUGCAUCUUCAUCUUCAAGGGAACAAAACACCACCUCAAGCUGCAAGCAGAACACAGGGUAGCACUCUUGCAAAUAGUCGGCCGCAGACUCCAAAUUCACAGUCAAGCAAACUUCAGACUCCUCUGAUUCCAUUAGGUAGGCCUGGGACUCCGAAAAGCUUGUUGUCCCGGCCACACACUCCCAGCAGUCAAGGAAGUAAAGAAGGAAGCAUUUCAGGGCAAAUGAGUAGAUCACUCACUGGUAAAAGUCAAAUUGGAUGGACAACCAACACGCCAUCAGCCAUUCCUCCUCAAGCAGGUGCAGACAUGUUAGGAUUUGCUUCACAAAGAAACAGUGUUACACAAGAGGAAUCAUAUGAACUCCUUCAAGGUUCUCGGCAGCCAUGGACACUCCCCAGUGACACAGACAGUGAAGUCAGAGGGACAGAGAAAGGAAAACCAGGUUUGUAAUACUGGAAUGACUGAGCACCAAUCAUCAGUGGAAACCAAUCAAUUCAUUAUGAAGAAUUAGAGGAAGGUGAUUAUUUUUUAAUUCCUGGCACGUGCUAUCCAUGAGCAGUGAUUGGAUUAUUUGGGGAAUCAAAAUCAAUAAUUGGAAUGGUUCUUCUCUGCUGCUUGGUCAACAUGGACUUUCCUUGGCAAUAUAAUAAAUAGGCUCAAUGACUAAAAAGGAAUGAAAAGGAAUGGAUCAUGUUCAUACUUGAGGGGUAAUCAGUUGUCAUGGUAAAAGUGGUAAGAAACCAAAGUGAUGUCCAGAUUGCUGGCUUUGUAUCCACGUUUGGUUUUCUUUCUUCUACUUGAACAAUAUCACUCCUUGUAGAAAUACCAUCCAGUGGUUCUUAUUAUUCACCUUUACUGAAUCAUAUUCAUUCAGAAGGGGGUUCUGCUCCAGCUUUCCUCUGGUGGUGCCAAUGAGGACUUUCGAAGGGAAAUAGGACUGUGCAGGGCAAGCGGAACCAGAUGAGGCAACAUUCCUACUUAGCAUUCAACGGUAAUCGGUGUUGUAGCACUUGAUCACUUGUAGUACUCAUUAAAAUGCUUUCAGAUGUAACAUUCACUUUGAAUUACUAUAGAUGCCUUGCACUAUUGCCAGUCUGUGUCACAGACACUCUGUAGACACUAAACGAAUGUAUCCAGCAUGUGUAUGUAUAUUGUUUUAAUGGUUGAUUUGCUCCCAUCCCAAUACAAUGUAAAAUAGAUCCUAAUAAUAAUGGUUUACGGUGCUCUUAUAUUAAAAUAAAAAUAUUUGUCUUGUUUGAGUGGCCCUAAAUCUUCUUUGUGGGUUGCCACCCUACCAAAUGCCACUGUGUGGUUUGAUUUGCAAUUGAAGUAGAAACUUCAGAACUUUCUUCACCAAAAUCGUAUUAUUUUUUUGGAAGAGGCACUAGCAUUACUUUGCAAAGCUCAUCCCUGCAUAUGAUUUAUGUUCUUUAAUAUAAAUGUCUCCUUAAGUCACAUUCAGCCGCUGCUGAUAGAGGGAAUGCUGGAAAGCUUGGGCGUGCGUUAAUCACUAAGACUUUACCUAACCAUAUGUAUAGAUUGCUUAUGCAUGUUUAAAGGAAGCAUCCAUUGCUUUAUGGGAAUUUCUUAUUGUCUUUGGCAGCAGAAUAUAGCCGGGGUAAUAUUGUGUAAAGCUCCGAAAGCAUUGUAUAUAUUUUGAGGCUUCUCUUGAAGGGGAACAAACUCAAAAUCGAAUAAUUCCCUUUAUAUAAUUUAUUCAAGAUUUUAAAUGGUUUUAAAGAUAUUCGAUGAUUUCUGAGCCUGCCCUAGCACUCCAUUGAUGUCAAAAGUCUAUCUGCACAGCACAAAGCAGGUUAAGCCAAUCACAGUUAGCUUUCCAGCUUUAGAUAUGCUCCGUAACAAACUUCUUUGCUGAUAAUGUUAUUGCCUUGCAUAGACUCAUGAGCUAAUACUUUCAGAAGCUGUUGUUUCACUGUAAGUAGCUUCAAACUGUCACCAGUAGCAGUUCUUUGCUAUGCUGUGCUCUCUAGCAUGGAGAAAAAUAAAGAAAUGCCCCUCUAUUUGAAAGCAUAUAAGGCCAAACCAGUGGCUGGCCGAGCAUCAUCUGGAGAUCUAUGAAGAGAAAUUGUUUCUUGUGAAAAACCUCAUUGUUAGAAAUUGAUGCGGUGAUCUCUUUUGAACAACAUUACUGUAAAAAGUAGGGGUCUACAGAAUCCUUGAUUCAGUUAGUCUGAGCCUUUUGUUUUGUAGGAUUUGGAACUGGCCCCUUCCUCAGUUCCUGGCUGAACAGAAUGCGAACACAUCUAAUCCGACAUUAGACCACUGAAGGUGAAUUUUUGUAAUUAUUUACUUACAUAUUGUGGUUGAUUCAGUAUUUGGCAGCAUUCUUAUAUCAGGGAUUCAGUGCAUCCCUAGUGUCAAGGAUUUUAAUUUUAGAGAAAUAAUAUGUACACUAUAUGGCCAAAAGUACAUCUGCCUGUCCAACAACGCAUUCCCAAACCAGGGGUAUUAGUAAAGUUCAUCCUCCCUUUGCUGCUUUAACAGCUUUUAGGCUUUCCACUAAAUGUUAGAACUUGAUGUUAGUGGGAUUCAGACACAAGAACAUUAGAGAGUUUGGAGACUAGUGUUGGGCAAACUGUGGACACAAGUAGGCAACUUGCAACCAUGGAAACAAUUUGUUAACUUCUUCAUAAUCCACAUUAUUCUAUAAUAAAGCCCUUCUUUCAGUUAUUAUUAUUUAUUACAGUCCCCUAAAAAGAUCCUGGUUUGAGGGUCUGCCAAGGGAUGGACUGGGCAGGCAGGACCCUGAGAAAAAACCCAGCAAACCCCGGCACCUGUUUCUUCUAAAUCACAUUAAUGCAUCAACAAUUGGGUUUAUUUUAUAGAAACAGCAGCAUGGCUAUUCCCAGUUCUGUAUGUCAAAUCGUUCAGCGUAGGAACGUUGUAAUUUAAGAGAUAUAUUUAAGGCAGUGAACUAUUUUGACCGGUGCAUGUUGGUACCAUUGGCUGAGCCAGAAAUUAUUUACAUAUGAUUUUUUAUUUAAACUCUACAGACCUUUUUAAAUGGGUCUCUUCAAAUGAUUCAUUUAAAAUAUAUGAAAGUAUUUGUACGAUAAUUUAUAUUCCGUGUAAGCCUUUGCCUGAAUGUGAAGCGAGUAAGAAUGUGAAAUUCAUCAUACUGAGCCAAAGGGUGAAUUCUGACACACGCAAACCUGUUUAAAACAUUCUAAUUUCUUUACAUUGUUAAGCAAUGUUUUUAUGAAGUGGCGAUGAGGAGACGGAGAAAAUGAUUUGGGGAUUUCUUUCUUUCUGGGGCAUGUACUUUUAAUGAUUUGUUAUGAGUGAAUGAUUUUAUUCCGGGGACGUCGUUUUUGAUAAAUGAAUAUGCCUGGUAACUGCUACCACAAUAAAAUAGUUUGGAAUUA